GAUUUCUGAAGUCGACGAUUGUUCCUUCUCCAAGCCAGAGACAACCGAAAUAAUCAUGAGGGUUGAGACUUGCCAUUUCUGCUCGCGGCCGGUCUAUCCGUCCAAGGGUAUUACAUUUGUUCGCAAUGACGCCAGACAAUUCCGAUUUUGCCGCUCAAAGUGCCACAAGAACUUCAAGAUGAAGCGUCAACCUCGCAAGCUGAAGUGGACCAAGACUCACCGUGCUGUCCGCGGAAAGGAAAUGAUUGUCGACUCGUCGCUGGUGUUGUCCCAGUUCGCCAAGAAGAGAAACGCCCCCGUCAAGUACGACAGAAAUCUGGUUGCCGCGACAGUCAAGGCCAUGGAGAGAGUGGAGGAAAUCAGAGAACGCAGAGAGCGCCAGUUCACCAAGCGCCGCCUGGCGGGCAAGCUUUCCCGGGACCGCAAGCGCGAGGAGGAUCGGAAGGUUGUUGCGGAGGGCGAGCACCUUAUUCGCAAGGAACUGCGGGAGAGAGAAGAGGGACAGCCCUUGGUGUCGGAUUCGAGCAAGGCUCCAAACAAGGUGCAUGGCCAGGAGAUCCAGAGACAGAAGAAGAAGGCCAGAUUAUUGGUGGAUGGGGGUGUUCAGGAGGAAAUGGAUGUCGACUAAAGGGUACAGUCAGUUUGACGGAGAUAUCCAUGGACUUCUUGC